CAUAAAUUCAAAGCAGUAUGCUGAGUUUGUUGUAGCAACAUGGCGGACAGAUGCAGGUGGAACCUAACACUAAUUUAAAUCGAUCUGAGCAUUUAUCUCAAUGUAUGCAUUGAUGAUGUAAGGAUGGAGGACUCUGUUUUACUCAUGCAACGCUUGCACGAAUACAUUCGAGAUUCUGGAUUGUAUUUCCAGCUAAAAAAAGCAGCACAGGAUGAGCUGACCAAGUCAGCAAGCUCUUCAGAUAUGAAAAAGGAUCUUAUAAAAGUUUUGAAAAAUUCAGGAUAUGAUGUCAAAUUGCAGAAUGAAGUAUUCAGAUUCCAAACACACCCGGCAAAUCUCAAGAAGUGUUCUGCUGAAGGAAACUGUGAAAAAGAUCCAUUGGAUUAUAUGAGGAAAGCACAGACCUCAUGGGAAAAAUGUAUUACAAAAAGCAUUAAUAGCAUGUGUACAGAAUUAGUGCUUCCUCUUGCAAGAAAGAGAUCAGUGAAGGACCAAGAAACAUUUGCAACUGAAUUCAAUGCUCUCAGAAUAGGCUCACACUAUGACGAAGAAGGUUCGAAAAAACUUCGCCCUGUAUAUUCAUCAGCAGACUUUUUCGAGGCUCUUAUCACAGUGAAAAAUGCAAACUACACGCCAAUAAAUAAAUCGGGGAAUAACCUGGAGCAAUGGCGGCUCAUCAAACCCUCAAUUAGUGUAAAAGACAUUCACGAAUUGAGAAAAUUAUUUUUGCAACUUGAUAGACAGUACCCUCAGUGUGGAAUUGAUGACGUAACAAGCAGUAGCACAGAAAGCUUUCUUCACGAAUGGCAAAAAUUAGGAGCAAAAGUUGUAAGGAAAGGACAUAGCGCUGCUGCAAGGCAAUAUGCAAAACAGGGCUGCCCAACUGGUUUAAGAAAAAAGAUUUGGAUGUGCAUUCUUGGGAUGGAAAUGGAAAACUUGGACAUGUUGUACUACGAGCAGUUGAAGAACUUUGUAUUCGAAUACGAUUUGCUCGUUGACAAGCUAAUUAUGAAAGAUGUUAGGCUAACAACUACAAAUGACGAUUCUUUUUUCGUAUUUGAAGACAUCAUUUAUCAAGUUUUGCUGAUAUUCAGCCGUGAUACAUGGCUGCUUGAACGUUGUAACUACAUCAACUCGUCUCCGCCCAAGUCAUACGUAAGAGGAAAUUUUGGCAUUCCUGAACUUCAAGUAAACUAUCCUCCAAGUGGUGUCAUUCCAUUCCACGGGUUUGCUAUGUAUGCUGCACCAUUAUGCUACAUCUAUGAAGACCCAAUGACAUUAUAUUAUGUUUUCAGAGAGCUGUACUUCAGGUAUUUCUGCCGGUUACACGUUAUCUCUUCAGACAGUCAGGGAGUACUAGCUUUAUGCUCAUUGUUUGAGAAUCUGCUCCAGUCUCACGAACCAUGGCUGUUUAAGCAUAUAUUGGAUAUUGGUGGCCAGCCGCUGCGGAUAGUCUUCAACUGGAUAAUGUUUGCUUUCUCUGGAUACCUAGCAACUGACCAGACACUGCAACUGUGGGACAGAAUCUUUGGAUUCGAUUCGUUAGAGUUAUUGCCAGUUCUGGCUGUGGCUAUUCUGUCCUAUCGACGCGAAAACCUGUUGGCUGCUGAUACAGUGCAGUCAUUAGAGGCCGUUUUAGCUGAUCUGAGCACCAUAAAAGUGAUUCCACUCAUUGUGUCUUUCCUUGCUGGCAAGAAAGUUUAGCCGCUACAUACAUUUUGGAGAAGAAAGAAAAUCUUACAUUGAAGUUCAAGAAAUUCUUUAUCCAUUAGAAUUUAUAUAGAUAUUGGAAUAUCUGGUGGCAUGUGUGGAUCAGUAAGGAUUUUAGAAAGUACACUCGUGUUUUUUAUAAGAAACCGGCUAUAAAAAACCGAGCCUUAAUGCAACAGCGAUCAGUGUGAUCUGACCAAACGGUUUCAACAUUUGACUUAACAUUCUACUGGACAUUUUCAACAUUUGACUGAACAUUGUUGAGAAGGGUAGCCAAACGGUCGCAAAACUGUUCCUUCAAGCUAAUGUCAAGUGAUCAUUUUUGACCAAAAUCAAAAUUCCUGAACACUUUUCAACAAAAGUUCAGUGACUGAACAGGGCAGCCAAACGGUCUCAACAUUUACUGAACAUGAAUGUUGGAAACUGUUCAGUAAAUUUUCAGAGUUUAUUUCAAAAAGUAUAUAUAUAGCGCAAAAGUGACAAUUGUUUUGCUUUGUGAGAAAGCUAAAAUGAAUUAAAAAUUCAAGUCUUGAUGAAGCUUGGGCAUUGUUCUUAAAUCAUUCUUAAAUUUUAUCGAUUUUGAUUAAUAUCGAUUAAUCGAUUAAUAUUCUUAAAGAAUUCAGCCUUGUAAAAGGGUGUGUAGAUAAAUUGAAUGUAGAGCUCUUUUUCGCAGCAAAUGGAUCGCCGAUCACAUUACAGAUAGAGAGGGGGCUAAAAGCUCAACACGUUAAAAGCCAAGGGCAAAAUGUGUCAUUACAUAGUUUCACGUGCGAAAUGAAUAUAUACAUCACUUUUUCUUCUUUAAAAAUUUAGCAAAUUGAUGUAUAUUAGUGGUGUCGUUAGUUUAUAUCCAUUAUUUUGUUUUCUCCAUUCACUCCGAUAUAGUUUUUCUCUUCUAUCAUCAUCAUUGUCAUCAUCAUAACACAAUUUGCUUCUUUCCGUCUCUUUCCGUCUCUUUCCGACUCUUUCCGACUCUUUCCGACUCUUUCCGACUCUUUCCGACUCUUUCCGACUCUUUCCGACUCAGUUCUAUGACUAAUUUUUAUUAUAUCUUUCAGCUCUACUUACGUCAUACCCUCGUUCUCAUUCCUUUUCGGUAUCUAAUUUUAAUCAUGAUUUGGUUGUUUUCUUACAUUUAUCUCGCCGCUCAAGCUUAUUUCUUGUUAGUCCCUUUUUCUGUUUUCCCUAGAUAUUGUUGGUUAAUUUCUCAAUGUGAUUCCGCUUAGUUUUUACUUAAACAGAAAAUUGUAAUUAGAAUUUCACUUGAGCAAUGUUUAUUGAUGAAUUUAUGAAAACGUUGAUAUGAAUUUUGUCCUUUUUUUAAAGCGCUCCAACCUAACUGCCGUCACAAGCUAAAAUGAAUUCAUUCCGUCUAUUAUACUAUACCACAAGUCAGUUGAAUACCAUUAUAGCACUUAAUCUGUCUUUAAAUCGGGAAAACUUCAACCUAACUCCCGAUGCCCAAUGCUUCUAACUUUUAUUUUCGUCGUUGCAAUUUUUAUACAAUUGUCCUAGUUUCUUUAUACUUCUACCCCAAUCAGGCCAACCUUCUUUAUCAGGCCACAAUGUUGUUGUUUGUACGCUACUCCAUCUACUUAAAGUAAACAAAUCGAAUCAUACUGUCGUGAGUCAUGUAAAUAUCAAAUUUUUCAAGGUACGGAAAUAUCCUUAUAGUUGAAAAAUCCUCAAACACGGAGUAAAAACCUCACUCAGGCACCGCGCAGCCUUUCGGCUAGUAGGGGCCAUAGCCCCCCACCCCCACUUUUUUGCAAUAAUAGGUUGGAAAUUUUAAGAAAGUUUACUCUAACGCAACUUUGGAUGGUUUACUCUAAUGGAUCUCAAGUAGUAGCAGUUCGUUUUCACUAUGUACCCUAUUUUGUUUUCUUUUUCUUGGUGUUGAAUCUUGUUAAAUCAAUUUUAUAGUAAUUGAUAUCUUCUCUGAAUUGGACAGUUCAUAAACUAUAAUUAAAAAGAAGCAAAUAUUUUCUAAAAGGGCAUUUUCCGGCUUUCCAAAGGGCGUGGCCUAAAAAAUUAUCGGUCACCCACAUUUAGAAUGGUGAGCGGCGCCUGACCACACUAGAAAGAAUCAGAACGAUGGAGAGCUGCAUUUUACACACAAAUUUAUCUAACAUAAACUAACAACGAAAAUAAUUUCAUUGUCAACAGAAAACCUUAAACUCAAAGAUCGACAAUGACGUAAUUUGAUCAUCGUUAAAAACACCAGAAAUAAUCUAUAUAAAGAGUUAACACAACGAGAGAUAGAAAAAAAGGUUGGCAAUCAAUACAACAAGUUUAUCAAUUAUUUAAUAAGAGGAAAAUGAAUAUGAGAAAGCUCUUAACAUGGAAAGGAACUUUGCGCUUGCCCGUCCUAGGAUACAUUUAAGAGCACGUUUGAACAAAGAAACGAAGGAAACUCCAACAAAAAAGUGAAAUUGAUGGUAUAAUGAUGAAGGAUGUAGAUCUAGAAGAUCAAUUCGAAUCAAAACCUAGAGUUUGUGGCAGUUUCAAAAUAAAACCACUCACAUUUAAGGCAGAAGAAGCGAUUGCUUUUACGAAGUUAAGAUGGAAACGAGAAUUUGAAAAAGCAACCCAAGAUGAUGAAAAAAUGAAGAGGAAGUAAAAAAACAUCAGUUUUAUAAUUUAGAAGGAAAUAGAUUCGAUUUUUCACGAAUAAGACCGACUGACCUACCAUAUGCCUUCUCAUGCAUAUGAAGAGAUCAAAAGAUAUCUAGAUGAAAGAUAUCUACACUUAUUGCCAUAUCAAGAAUUUUAAAAUCUGCUUAUGAU